AUGCGGUCCUCCGGCAGCCCCGGCUACCUCUGUCAGGAGACAGCGCGGCUUGGGGGUGUCUCCGUCAUCUCCAAUGACCAAAGCAGCUUGCCGUGCCCGUGCCAGCUCUGUGCCAGCCGGACCCUCCCUCUCCUGGGGGUACCCCUGCGUGUCGGCCACACAGCUACCAGCGCUCACGAAGCUCCCUCCAGCUCAAGGCUGAUCAGAUCACCUCCUCCUCGAAGGGCAACAGUUCAGUGCAGAUGUGAAGUCAGUGCUGUGCAGUGGAUCGAGCUGUAUGGUCAGUUCUGGCCUAACACAAAUACUCAGUUUAGCGGAGGAGUUCACCUCCGCAUGGGCUGUCCUGUGAGUAAGCAGCCGGCUGGUGAGAGGAAUGAGUUGAGUAGUUGUGGGUGCAGAGAGAAGAAGUAUGAUUAUUACAGCCUGCCAAAAACCUCUGUUGUGAUAGCUUUUUAUAAUGAGGCUUGGUCAACACUUCUGCGAACUGUUCAUAGUGUUCUUGAGACAUCCCCAGAUAUACUUUUGGAAGAAAUUAUCCUUGUGGAUGAUUACAGUGACAAAGAACAUUUAAAGGAGUCUCUGGAAAACUAUGUGGCUGGCUUACGCAAGGUGCGUCUUAUCCGUGCAAAUAAACGAGAGGGACUGGUUCGAGCCCGGCUGUUGGGGGCGUCGGUGGCGAAAGGAGACAUUCUGACAUUCCUGGACUGCCACUGUGAAUGCCAUGAGGGCUGGCUGGAGCCGCUGCUGGCAAGGAUUGCAGAAGAAGAAUCAGCAGUUGUCUGCCCUGUUAUUGAUGUUAUUGACUGGAAUACAUUUGAGUACUUGGGAAAUGCUGGUGAGCCACAGAUUGGCGGAUUUGACUGGAGGCUGGUCUUCACUUGGCAUAGUACCCCUGAAAGAGAACAAAAACGGAGAAAGUCCAAGACCGAUGUGAUCAGGUCUCCAACCAUGGCAGGUGGAUUGUUUUCUGUGAGCAAGAAGUAUUUUGAUUACCUUGGUUCAUAUGACACAGGAAUGGAAGUCUGGGGAGGAGAAAACCUUGAAUUCUCAUUUAGGAUAUGGCAGUGUGGAGGAAGUCUUGAGAUCCACCCUUGCUCACAUGUAGGUCACGUUUUCCCCAAACAAGCUCCCUACUCACGGUCGAAAGCUUUGGCAAAUAGCGUGCGUGCAGCUGAAGUAUGGAUGGAUGACUAUAAAGAAAUUUACUACCAUCGAAACCCACACGCUCGCCUGGAACCAUAUGGAGAUGUGACAGAAAGGAGACUCCUUCGAGAGAAGCUGAAAUGUAAGGACUUCAAGUGGUUCUUGGAGAAUGUGUACCCAGAGCUUCAUGUACCUGAGGACAGACCGGGCUUCUUUGGAAUGCUGAAGAGUAGAGGAAUGGCAAACUUCUGCUUUGAUUAUAACCCUACAAAUGAACAUCAAGUAACUGGACACAGGAUCAUACUAUACCCAUGUCAUGGCAUGGGACAAAAUCAGUUUUUUGAGUACACAUCCCAUAAUGAAAUACGUUACAACACCCGACAGCCAGAAGUCUGUGCAGCAGUCGAUUCGGGGACCGACUACUUGACAAUGUACUUGUGUGAAGAAAACGUCCACAGUAUUCCUGAAAACCAGAAGUUCGUUUUUAGAGAGGAUGGUACCUUGUUUCAUCUACAAACUCAGAAGUGCAUACAAGCAGAGUCAAACGCUUACAAUGGUAACCCAGCACCAUUGUUACGACCGUGUACCAACUCAGACUACCAAAAAUGGUUCUUCAAAGAAAGAAGUUGAUUGAGAUGUCAUCUAGGAUAUAGCUGAAUAUGAAAUUGUGCUCUUUCUAGUCAGCAGUUAGCCUUUUGAAAAUCACAUAAGUGAAUAUAUUUUUGUAUGGAAAGAA